CGUGAGUUUUCCUCCUUGAAUGCCUGCUGACAGUGCUUGGCAUGCUUGGUGCUUUGUUCGUUUUGUAGGUGGAUGAGUGUGUUUUGACUCAUUUGAACUUUGACGUAAAUUUUCGUCGUUAUCGAGUGAUUAACCAUCACCGUAACCCGAUGCAAUCUAUAACUCGCGGUCAGCAACGAGUGCGCACAUUGUCUUUGGUGUGGUCAUUUACGGAGUAGAGAGCUGCCAGGCGAGGAAAUAUCCUCGAGAAUUUCCGCAUUCACAAAUUAAGGCUGACCGAUAGAUCGGCGAGCCAUGAUUCAAGGAAAUGAAAAAGAAAGAAUGCCUAUUCUAUACAGCGUCGUGGCACGUGGGCCAACCGUGCUCGCCAAGCAUGCGGCGCGCACUGGAAACUUUGCCGAAGUGACCGAACGGAUUUUGGCUAAAAUACCACCGCACAAUGACAAGCUAACUUAUACCCAAGGGCCGUACCUCUUCCACUACAUGUGCGAUAACAGGAUUGUAUACAUGUGCAUCACGGAUGACGAAUUUCAACGGUCGCGUGCCUUCUUAUACUUGAAUGAAAUUAAGAGACGAUUUGAAGCAGCUUAUGGACAUGGAGCUCAAACUGCUCUAGCCUAUGCAAUGAACUCUGAGUUUUCGAGGGUGCUGGCCAAUGAAAUGAAACACUACAGCGAGUCCACAGAUAUCGAUACACUAUCCAAAGUGCAUGGGGAACUUGAUGAACUUAAAGACAUUAUGGUGAAGAAUAUCGAUAACGUUGCGGCACGAGGGGAAAGACUAGAAUUGCUCAUAAACAAAACUGAGAAUUUGACUGCUAGUUCUGUGACGUUCAGGAAAACAAGCAGAAAUCUGGCUCGUUCCCUUUUUUGGAAGAACAUAAAGCUUUAUGUGAUAGUGGCUCUUGUUUUGAUCGUUGUAAUAUACUUUGUUGUGGCAAUGGCUUGUGGAGGUCUUGCAUGGCAGAAGUGUGUCGGUAAUUGAAGAUAUUUUAGACAAUUCUAAAUUUGGAUUGUAUGGAAUCAGUGCCGGUAUCCUUGACCAAUGAAUGAACAUGUUAAGCGUUUUCGCAGACAUUGGCCAAAUUAUUUAAGGUACUCAAACAAUGAAUCUGUUGCACUGUUUUUUGAUGGAAAUGUUUUCAAAUCAUGGCACACGGUAAGGUAGAAGGAAGGAGGAAGGAUGGGAGGAGAGCGAUAUUUGGUAUUGAACUAAUUUAUAAAUUCAAUCAAUAAAAAUACAUUUAUAUAUUGUUUAUCA